UUCAAGAGUUAUAUAGUCUUCGAUUCUUGACAACUAGUCUUGGUCAGCAUGGGCGAGAUUGCGGUUAAAUUAGAAGAAAUAACAAACCUACCCGAGAAAUUACACCGUGAUGUUAGCUUUAGUAACCUCAUUGAUAUACAAGAAGAAGAACCAGAAAUAAUCACGAUGGAUGAGAAUGCUGCACCAUUCUGCAUGGAUGAAACCGUUAGAACCACUUUACCUCUUAUCGAGAGAGAAAAGGCUAUAGAUGACACAUUAGAAUGGCUUCGAAAACAAAUGACGUUUUUAAAAGAUCAGGAUCAAAACCUGAUGAGAAAGUUUCUCAAAAUACGGACUCUCUUGAAUACCCUUCAGCAACGUGGCCCUAGGGGACGCAAAGUCAGUCUACCCGAAGACGCCAUAGCAGCGUACAGUCUACGACGGUUCUCCGAAACAUCGGAACAACAAGUCCUUGACAUGCGCAAAAGAUCCCAGUCCGUGUUUGGCGAGGGUAUUUCUAAAUACGUGACGUCAUUGCCUACACCGCAGUCCAGUAUGGAAGAACUGAGUGAGGAUUAAUUGGCUCCAACACAGGCAACCCAGAGCUGGUUUUAUUUCGUCACGUAGCGUCAUUAUAACUGUUAUAAAUCUCACGUUCUGAUUGGUUGGGAGCGCGUGCUUUAUGAGAGUACACAGCACGUGCGCGCCCUUUCAGUUGCGAUAUUCGUAUAUAAUAUAACGGUUAGUGUAAUUUGUAUUUAAUAAAAGAUAUAAAAGACUUGCUUGCUGUACUGGGUGGAGUUAUAAAGCUCUUGGAGAUUGACAGAACACUCAAGAAGUGCCGAAAAGCACUCCGCUACGCUGUAAUUCGUCUUUUAAAAUUUAAACAAUAUAGCUGACAAUGCCAAAAUGGUUGA